CAAGACUGCCUGACCGAGGAGCCUCACUCUUUGACUGCACGCUACGAUCUAUGGUUUUCCCCUACAUGCCAUUUCCUAGCACGCAUGCACCGGGCAAAGGCAGGUGCCAAGUUUUCGAAUGGCCCUUUCUGCAGCUGCUGAGGAAGUAUUCCCGCGCUACUGGGCCAUGUCGGCCCCUUCACCCCACCCUUUACCGAUAUCCGAUGGCUCCGGUACCCUCUUCCUACCCAAUGCCGCGAGCGCAUCGUGGCUCAGAAGCUUUGCCUGUGUGAUUUCGGUGCAACACCAUGCCACUUUGGCUGAGCACUUUUCUAACCCCGGAGUGUUCCGAUCCCACAGCGCAAGUUCAGGCUUUCAAACGUGCUGCACUUGAUGAGCCCGCUUUCAAGCUGACAUGGAGUUGGCGAGCAAACGCCUUGUUAUGGAAGAUCCGAAUAGGCAU